AUGCUUAGACAAAAAAUCUUAAGAAGACCAAGAUUUACUUCAGCCAAGUGUUGGUACUCGACUGGAAGUAAUAACUACGAUUUGCAAUUACAUAGUGCAAGAGAAGAUAUCAAUUCGCUCUUAGAAGUUCACGAUAGGUCAUCCUAUAUAUUAGCACAAUACAUACCAGAGCCCGCUAGAGAUGCUUUCCUAGCUAUACGUGCGUUCAACCUUGAGAUCAAUAAAAUCAAUGAUGGUGGCAAUAAUACGAAUUCGGUUUCUUCUAAAGCAUCGAAUCAACUCUCAGGUUCCAUGGGUAUAUCAACUACAGAUAUAAAAUUUAAAUUCUGGAGCGAUUUAUUGUCAAGAGUUUUCACUGAUCCUAGUUCAGAAAAGAACCUUGGUGAACCGAUCGCCAUAUUGGUUAGAGAUGCAUUAAGAAAUGAUCUCAAUUUGGACUUAUCUUACUUCCACCAAUUUUUGCAAACGAGAAAGCAUUUCCUACAAACUAAGAGUUUCCAGACGGUGAAUGACAUUUGCUCUUAUGGUGAGGGAACAUAUUCCCAAUUGAAUUAUUUAACUCAGGGGUUGCUCUUAUCCCCCUCUAUUUCACCCUCUGCAAUCAGUUUGUUGGAACACUCCACUUCGUUGCAAUCAAAGGUUAGCGACAUAGCUGCGCAUAUUGGACAAGCUACUGCUAUAGGCUCUAUGAUAUUGGGUUUAAAGUAUUAUUCUUCAACCAGAAACCAAGUAACGUUACCCAUAGAUCUUAUGACAAAAUUUGAUUUAUCGCAAGAAUCUGUUCUUAGACUCACUCAGGGACACCUCAAGGACGAAAAGGAUAUAUCAGAUGUACGUGAGAAGCUAAAGAAUAUUACCUAUGAAACUGCUGUUAUCGCAAAUGAUCAUAUUUUAUCGGCAAGAGACAAAUUAGACAAGUCAAGAGAAGAGAUCUUGUCAAUUGUCAAAUCUCAUCCAAAUGACCAAGUUUUACAAAAACAUCAAAAACGUUGGAGAAAAAAUAUACCUGACGUUGUGUUUACCCCUUUCAUGGUAGCUAUUCCAACAACUUUGUACUUGCAGAAGUUGGAGAAAUAUGACUUCGAUAUUUUCCAUCCUAAAUUGCAACAACAAGAAUGGAGAUUAGCCUGGACCUCUUUCCGUAAUUAUUAUCAGAGAAGAAUCUAG